AUGUACACCGAUAGAGCGACGGAUAUAUCAAACUUGACUGACGUCUUUUGCCGCGCACCCACCCCACUCGGCGGAGCUUCUAGCUUCGCCGUCAAAGCCCCUUUGUUUUCCUGGCAUCUGUCGCACAUAGCAUCUUCUCUAUAUUACUCAAUCUUUAUUUAUUCGUUGCUUCAAGCUCUUAAAACGCGCUUUGCACUAACAGCGUUUCCCUGCAUUCUUCCUCGACCUCCCCGCUCUUCUUAUCGCCCCGCCAAAUUCACAACUAAACACCACAAUGGGCAGCAUCAAGCGCAUAUCCAAGGAGUUGACCGAGCUCACCGAAUCCCCCCGGAAGGGAUCACGGUUGACCUGGCCGAUGAGUCGAACGUGUACGAGUGGAAGGUCACUAUGGAAGGGCCUGAAGGCUCACCAUACCACAAUGGCAAGUUCCUAGUCAAGCUUUCCCUACCCACGGAAUACCCCUUCAAGCCACCAACAGUCUCCUUCGCAACGAAAAUAUACCACCCGAACGUAACAAACGACGAAAAAGGAAGCAUGUGCCUAGGCAUGCUCCGAGCCGACGAAUGGAAACCCAGCUCGAAGAUCGCCGCAGUCCUUCAGUUCGCCCGCCAGCUACUAUCCGAGCCGAUGCCCGAUGACGCCGUCGAGGGGCGGAUUGCAGAGCAAUACAAGAACGACCGGGUGCGCUACGAGGAGGUUGCCCGGGCGUGGACUCGCAAGCACGCUUGUUGA